AAGCCCCUGUGUUGUGAUUUGGACCAUGCUGUGACAUGUAAUUUUAUGGCUGAGUCGUGUUCAGUUGGGAGAAAACAUUUAGAAUCUGGCAGGUACUAGCUGAAAUCAUCCAAUGAGAACACAUUUUUCAGUUUUGUGUCGUAAAACAUUUUGCUACUGUGUGCUCUAAAGAACACAACCCAGCCUACUGUAUCUUCCCUCUAAUACGUCAAGUUUUAUAGGGGCCUCUGGAAACGGGACUAUGGAGGCUAGUAGGCGGUUGGUAGCUCGCCUGCAUACCAUCACGGUGCUCGGGAAACACUUCUGGACGCACAACUUCUCCGUCUCCCUACUCUUGGAUGAGCUGGGCAAUGUGCCACAAGUCACAGGGUUGAUUUUCUGCAAAGUUCGCUUGCUUGAUGGCUCCUUUACUGAGGAAUCUCCAAGAGUGGAAGUCCUGCACAACUCGGUGCAAUGGGGAAAGAUGUUUGAAUUUGAGUGCCAAACUGCAGUCAACAGCUUGUCUGGAGUCCUGGAUGACUGCAUGUGUAGACUGUCAGUUCGCAAGGACACAAAGGGAGGAAGGUCAUACCAAAAGGUGGGUUAUGUCGACCUCAACCUGUCUGAGUAUGCAGGCUCUGGGUAUGUGACCCGUCACUGCCUCCUAGAGGGAUAUAUGAACAAGGACAACAAGCUGGACAACUCCCUUCUCAAGGUGGGCCUACAUAUGCAGCUGCUCCAGGGAGACCCAUGUUUCAGAGUUCCUACCCAGCAUUCACUACCAAAUGGAACUUUAUCAUCUGAGAAUGUCGAGCAGCCCAGAGAAAGCACCUCCAGUCACUCUGAGUCUGGUUCAUCAGAGGACACCCUGAGAACCCUGAGAAGGCAGCUGGUGAUGAAGGGGGGGCUGCUGCUUGAUGCCAUGCCCAGUCAGAACCCAGAGGCACAGGAGAGGGCCAGAGUUGUCAGUCAGUUGACUCGGGUCGGGAACACACGGGUGGAUGCCCAGGAUGUGGUUGAACAUCUCUGUCUAGAGAGCUUGGGCUCAGUAUUUGAGAUCCCUCCUCCCAUGGAAGAAGCUGGACUUGCACUCUUUGUUGGUCAGGAUGGCACCACAACCCUUGGUGUCACUCAUAUACAGAACAGGUAGCCUAUUGGAGAUGGAUCUCAACUGAUCCUUGAAUUGUUAUAUGUUGAUUCUAAUGUAAUGAUAUUCUGAUUCUUAAUUGGAUUCCAGUGAUGCCCAACUAUGUCUCAACAGGGACUCCCAUGCUG